AAGAUUAUGAUCGCCUCCGUCCUUUAUCGUAUCCUCAAACAGAUGUAUUCUUGGUCUGCUUUUCUGUAGCUUCACCAACUUCUUUUGAAAAUGUCAAGAAAAAAUGGUUCCCCGAAAUUCAAUAUCAUUGUCCAGGAAUUCCAUGCCUGAUUGUCGGUACUAAAAUAGAAUUGCGGAAAGAUCCAAUAGUGAUUGAAAAACUAGCACGGGAAAAGAUGAAACCCAUAACCUCGAAGCAAAGCGAAAAACUCGCACAAGAAUUAGGUGCAGUUAAAUAUGUCGAGUGUUCGGCACUUACGCAAAAAGGCGUGAAAAAUGUUUUUGAUGAAGCAAUAGUCGCUGCAUUAGAACCACCG